AUGUCUCACCAGGGUGAGGUCUUCACCGGCGGCGCCACCACAUCACAGCACGUAGACGCCGAAGACGAUGACCACUUCCACAACACAACGUUCAAGUUGAAAAGAACGAGGUCGCUAGGGCUUUUGGACGAGUUUAUUGACCCGAGUGAGCAGGAGAAAAACAUCGAGAAUAGUAAUCAAAAGCAGGCGAGGGAAAACGAGGGUCAACCCGAUGUUUCGAAUGACACAAAUCAUCAUUCAGAGAGAACUGACGUCGAGCCAACAUCGCCGUCUUCAGCUCCAGCAACUACUCCUACGCCUCCCUUCCUCACCAGUCCUGAACUCAUUCCGCACGACGACACUGAUGUCUCGGUAGAGCCCUCGCGGCACGUCGACUACUUGUCACACCAGUGGGACGUUGCCGACAUUUGUAAGUCGUGGCGAUAUGUGAUCUCUCGAAGAAAAAGCGUGGCGAACGCAGCGCGGUUGGAAAACGCCAGCUGGAGAACGUGGGCCCAAAGACGCUCGGGGUUGAAAACGAUCAGCCCCGAGGCGGUGAACUGGUCGAAGGAGAGUGACGUGACGUGGCUUUACGGCCCAAUUCUCGAUGAUGACGAUCACGACCACAGCAGUGACGAAAACAGGCAAGCGUCUACCACGGCCACCAACGCGGUGGCAGGCGAUGUAGCCAUAGCCAGGCGAAACCCUGGCCCCAAGCCUAUUCUCAAGAAGCGUACCGUCGAAGACAUGAUGAUCAGUCAUCUGAACUUGCGGAAGCUUCAAAUUGCAUCUGCUAGAGCUGAACAGGAACAGAAACGUAGAGAGGAGGCCGAGCACCAGAAGAGAAGAGAGGCAGCUGUCAAGGCAGGCACUUCUGACAGACCGCCAGAAUAUUUCGACUACAACGCCAUUCUGGCAAAGUUGAAUUCACAGUAUAAGAACUUCUCCCAGAAUAACUCUCAGAAUAACUCCUCUGCCAACUUGCCCGAGCUUGGCAGCUCUGCCUCCAAUGCAUCAGCCCCUUCCUCCUCAGCAGCAUCUCAAAACUCACAUCCUUUAGAUCAUGACCAAUUGGCCUCGCAAUUAGAGAAAAUCACGUCCCAGACAUCCGAAGAGCACGCAUUCCCCUUGCAGUCGUCCAUGGCCCGAAACAUACGGUCGAGCUCCAACCCUCCCGCUCCUAAACCUGAGCGCCAUAUUCAUUUCAAUGAAGAAGUGAAGCAGUGCAUCGCUAUAGCUGACCCAUCGGUGGCGCUUGGUGAUGAUGAAUACUACGACGGGUACGGUGAGCAAGACGACGAAAACGAGUAUGGCCACGGCAGUAGCGAAAGCUAUCUUUACGAAAAUUACAGCGAUGAUGAUGAGCGUUCACAGGAUUCCGAGGAGGAGUUUGACGACGAUGACGAUGACGAUGAGGGCGGAUUCUUUUUGAAAGUACGUUCGCCCUCAGGUACCAAUCACCAUCCAGGGCUUCACCCUGUAAAGAAGGAGGACACCGAUCGGAGUAACGAUGAGACCGAAGAUGCGGAGUCCAUCUCCACCACCAGUUCAAGAGCAUUCAAGACCAUCCAAUUGCUUCCUUCGACGACUUUGAACUACGGCUCCUCCGACGAAGAGAGUGACGAUGAAAACCCAUACACAUCAAGUUUAUCACAUAAUGUUGGCAAUUUCAGUAACAGAGGUUACGACUAUCAUUACGACUACAACACUGUAUACCAGGUGGAUCCUAAUCACGCAAUUUACGGUACCGGUAGUCGGGAUAAAACCCCCGACGUGGUGGACGUUCCAGAUAACAUAGCUUUGGGCUCGAAUUUUGACUACGAAAUCAUUGAAAAUGAGGAUAUUCGCAACUUUGACAAUGCUCCUCUCGAUGUGAUCAAUUGUUCACGCAAUGUUGCAACUUCUUCGAACACGGAGAGGUUACCUAUAUCCUUACUAGAUGAUUCUGCUGGUCCACAAAAAUCAGCGCCUAAUCCAUUUGCUAAUAACUCAUCAGACAGUGAGUCAGAGGAAGAGGAAGGUCUUUCGAUAUGCGCUCGCCACUCAAGUCAGUCUCUCGCACAGCAGGUGUUCAGUGGAGGCAUGACCUCCAGCGAGCAGAAACAAGAUGAGCCUGACAUUUCGGAGCAUCUUCAAAGAAAAACUGAGCCGCUGGAAGGACACGUAAGUCAGAUUAAUCCAAGGCACUCUUCGACGGGCUUGCUGAAGCAGCCACAUUCGUCCAGCUCGCUCUCAGAUCAAUUCCUCUCUACUGGUAUGACGAAGUCCGAGGAACCAAACGCCUUGUCGGACAUGUUCUUCAAUCCAACGCCGAACAACCCAACGAAGAAGCUUGAGCCUGACGCAGCUGACAAACUCGAGCAGAGAGCAGGUGGAGCUACCCUGCCACCACUACAAAGAAAAGCUUCCCCCUUGCCUCCUCACACUACAUCAGAAAACGCAUUUCUGGGAAAAGCAUCACCUCCAGUCGUGAGGCAGGCUUCGAAAAGUGGAUUUGUGUUCACUUCCGACAGUGAAUCUGACUCCGAAAGUGAAAGUCCGGUUCCACCGCCUGAUGGUGCUAGAAGCCCAGACAGCUACUCAUCAUUAUACAAAGUUGCCGAUGAGAACGGACUCAAUGUUUCUUCGACCGACUCAGAAGAGAGCAGUAAUCUGAGGAGAGGGAAAGGCCUGGCCAUGGCAAAUCUUCUUGGAGGCUGGAACAAGAAUAGCAGCUAA